AUGGGUCAAGUCCUGUCUGACGAGAACUCGCGGCAGGCGACGCACGAGGAGCUCACCCGUGAACUAGCCACCCGAUUCGCCGAAAAGUGCUUCACCUCGCUCGAACUGUACUCGUUCAAAGAUGUCUUCAAAAGCUUGGCAGAUAACCAAGGCGACAUCCGCUACCUGAAGGAAGACACUCUCGCCCGAUUCCUCGAGAUACCCGAUAUCCUCCAUGUCUCACCCGUCAUAUUCCAGAUGGUAUCCUACAUUGGCGCCUUUCCCUUCUUGCAGGAUGCCCCGGCCGUUCUCGGUAUCGAUCAGAUGAUCAUGGUGGUCGUUAUCAUGACGCAAAGACACAAGCGGGUUCUGGCUAAGGGAGCUACGGAUAGGGCUAAGCUCAUCUUCAAGAGCCUGGCAGUGCAUGAUCGCAGAGCUUCCGAAACUGCUGCCGCUGCUGAAGACUCCAAAGAGGCGCCGCCAGGUGAACCGCAGGCAGCAAGCCACGCGGCUGGCUUCGCAGUCGACGCACCUGUGGAUGACCCUGAAGAAGACGAUGACGACCUCGAGAUCGCCGCCUUUGAGCUCCUCGACAUCCAAGAUGCCAUAUGGCAGGGCGAUGCACCAAAGAUGCAAGGGGCCAUGAUACCCGCGGAUAACUUCCGCAAGCUGCUGAUGCUAUUGAUCCUGAUCGCGCCACUGAGUCCCCAGGAGAGUCUGUCAAUGUACUCCACUCGGGUCACGGGCGAAGAACUGGACAGCCUGCGUGCUACGGCAGAGAACAUUUUGGCUGCGUUCUUGAAUGUCGAAAAAGCUCCUGGCAUCAAGUUUGGGCACUUCAACCGAGUGCUCCCUGUAUGCUUCCCGAACCUAUUCAAUGGGUUCAGCCCCCUGUUUGAGCAUUUCCUCUUCUCCAAAAACUUGGAUUUCACGAAACACAAGGGUGAAGACCCUGUGGCCGCCGAAAAGCAUCCAGAGGAGGUCGUGCAACCUCUGUUGCAAGACAAUGCGGAUAUCCUCAACCUCAACGUCCUCUCGCAACUCUCCUUCUUCCUUCCAGGAUCAGAUCUCUUUAGGCGACUACGGCUUCUGUACUCUGGAAACGAACACGGCUUCUCCACGGGAAGCUACGAGAGCAAAGUCUUCAACUGGCGAGCGCCCACCAUUCUUCUGGUACGCGGCACUCGCCUGAAUGACGAGCCCCAUGGAAGCCAGGCGUCAAACUUUUCCGCUUCUAUCCCUCCACGCCGCUUCCCGAACAGCGGCAAGGGAGAGCAACUGACCUUUGGUGUGUAUGUCAGUCAACCAUGGAAGCACACGGCCAAGGAAUGCUUCGGCGAGCGGGAUACGGUGCUUUUCCAGCUGGAGCCCGUCCACGAUGUUUUCCCAGCUAACAAGUACAACUCGGACUACGUCGCCUUCACCAAGGCGCCUACUAAUCGGCCUAUGCUCGGCGUCGGCUGUCCCCAUCCCCGACAGACGCAGGCUCACCGGAGGCAAACUAUGCUGUCUCUCGGCGCCGUCUCCCUGCUCCUCGAUGACUCUUUCGAAUUUGGAGUAUUCACUCACGACUGGACCACUGGCGGCGGCGCAUUCCAAACCAGCACGAUGCGCAAGUUUGACUUUCAAGAUCGGUUUGAGAUUGAGAGCCUUGAAGUCUGGGGUUGUGGAGGAGACGAAGAAGCCAAGGCGCAGGCGGAGCACUGGGCAUGGGAGCACCGUGAGGCGGAAGCUCGACGAAAAAUCAAUUUGGGCACUGGCGACAUUGAGGCUGAUCGUGCGCUGCUGGAAAUGGCAGGCCUCGUUGGCAACAACCAGAGUGGUGGCUCCAUGGUUUGA